AUGGCGAGAGAAGAGCGUGGGGCAGAGUGGCAGAGGCGGCAACAGCAACGUGGCAUCGAACCCACCCGAGACGCACCGCAGCAGGACGACUACUCCGAGACAAAGUCAGACGAGAACACUGGAAGUUAUCUUGAGGACGCCUACGCCGACGAAGGUGACGACGUGCAGGGAGCUGACCGCGAGAAGCUACGGUACGAAGACCAUUCACACCACGAAGGUUCUCCGUCCACGCAGUUCGAGCAUCGGAGACUAAGUGAGGUUGAGCAAAGAGUAGAUGCGGUAGAACAGAAAGGUGAGGAUCCUGGGGCGGAACGCGAAGCGAAUGGUAUGCGUGAACAGGAGCAGGAUGACAGUGAUGGGCCCUUCUCCGAGAAUGAUGAUGAUGAAGAUAAAGAUGAAGACCAACACGACGGCCAAGCCGAAGACGAGGUCGGUAGGGGUGACGGAUACGGCGGCAUUACCCCUUCCGAUGGCAGUCAUGGUAGGUAG